UCGAUCAGGGAUUUUAUCCAUCUCAACGUUGGUGUCUGGUUGCCUGCACCGAAGGAUGCUGUUUAUAGUCCAGUUCAUAAUUUCUCCCUUUCCUGCUCAUCAUUAUUAUUAUCCAAAGUGCCUUUUUGCUUCUGUUAGCAAAACCAGAAUCCCCCGUGUCCCAGUUUUAGCAACUAAUGUCCACAAUAGGGGCAACUGAUCCAGCACAGGAGUUAAAUAUAACCGUGUCUAGUGUAAGGAGAAGAUUUAAUGGGAAAUGGUUAGCAUUCUUUCUUCCUAAAGGCACGGGGAGAAGGGGGGGGAGAGGGAGAGAGAGAGACGUACACACACAGACACACACACACACGCAUCCCACAGCCAGGGAAGAGGCAGAGAGCAGGCAAGGCAGAGAGGGAGCGAGGGUAGAGAGAGAGAGAUCCCCAAAGCAGCCCUGCGCCUCUGAGCUGGAAUCUGCCAGGGUGCAGCCAACAUGUUGGUCCUCAGCUCACUUGUCUGGGGAUCUUACCUGCAGCUUUUCUUCUGCUUUGCUUUAUCUCAGACUGCGUACGUUGACAAUAUCUUCUCAGUUUCAGCAGGGUCCACAAGGAAUUCCUGGUAUAAUGGGACCAAAAGGGGAGAAGGGGGAGAUUGGCAGGCCAGGAAGAAAGGGUAGACCAGGUCCCCCGGGCAUCCCUGGGAUGCCAGGACCAGUAGGAUGGCCUGGACCUGUGGGACCGAAGGGUGAAAAGGGAGAGUUGGGUGUGAUGGGAUUGCCAGGUACAAGAGGACCAAUGGGCUCCAAGGGUUUUCCUGGAACUAGAGGAGAAAAGGGAUCCAGAGGUGACAGGGGUGACAAAGGAGUCAAAGGAGACCAGGGAGAAAUAGGCUUCCCUGGAAUGCUGGGACAAAAAGGAGAGAUGGGCCCGAAGGGACAAUCUGGAGUACCAGGACACAGAGGACCUAUUGGAAGACCCGGAAAACGAGGCAAACAAGGACUAAAGGGAGACAUUGGACCUGCGGGUAUCAUGGGUCCACCUGGAAGGCCUGGUCCUUCUGGCCAGCCAGGCCCCCCUGGACCUUCAGGAUCAGGGCAAUUCGCAAUAGGACCAAAAGGUGAAAGAGGACUUCCAGGGCCUCCAGGGAGAUGUCUCUGCAGAGGCCCACAACAUGUGAAUAACCCACCAUAUGAGGAAUCCGUGCUUGGACACCGUUAUCCAAAAGUCCCUGCAAUUUUUGUGGUGAAUAAUCAAGAAGAGUUGGACCGGUUAAACACCGAAAAUGCCUUAGCUUUUAGAAGAGAUCAGAGAUCUUUGUAUUUUAAGGACACCUUUGGAUGGCUCCCAAUCCAGCUCACCCCUUUCUAUCCUGUGGAUUACCGCUUCGAGAAUGGCGGGACCUGUGGAGAUGGGAUCGUCCAGGAUGGGGAAGAGUGUGAUGAUGGCAAUGCGGUUGUGACUGAUGACUGUAUAAGAUGCCGCCGUGCUUACUGUGGAGAUGGCUACAGACACGAGGGAGUUGAAGAUUGCGAUGGGAAGGAUUUUGGAUAUUUGACAUGUAAAACAUAUCUCCCUGGGUCUUACGGAAAAUUGAGAUGCACUUCUUACUGCUACAUUGACUCUACACAGUGUCGAUACUUCACAUGAGGGAAGCGGAGGUGGGCAGCAUCCCACAUGUAGUGGGGUGCUAGGUGCUACGCUAUCACAUAUGUAAGCAGGACUGGGACAAAAAAAUCCCCACCCACCUCUAUGUGAAAACCAACAAAGAGACGUCAUGCUGCUGAUGGCCAUUUUGAGAUUUUUUUUUUAAAUUAAGUCAGACUGGGAAAAAAUAGGACCACUGCAUCCUGUCUUAAUAGAGAAAGGUCAAACAGUGUUUGCCAGUAAGACUUCCAUGUGGCUGUGGAUGGCAGCUUGCUCUCCAUCACAAAUGCAACGUUAAGCUACUGGAAACUGAAUUUCACUAACCAGGAAUAUCGUGUAACAAUUACCUCGACUUAGCACUGUUAAACCUACAUGUAAGCUCUUCAGGGUUUUUGUCUUUAAACCUUCUCAGCAUAAACACGAAGCAUAUCUUGGAUGUGGUGUUUAUAGAGACUGUUUCUUUUAUUGCAAUGUGAACUUUGCAAGUGUUAUAUCCACAUGAAUGAUAACUUCAGCUACAUUAAGGUUAACUAUACACCUUUGCAGGUGAAAGGAGCAGAGGCCCUUCAGUAAGUGCUUUCAAGAUGAGCAAAUCAGCCAAAAAAAGCUGGUUAACUUCACCUUCAGGCUAAGACAUUUGGCUCUGUGUGUCUCUGCUCAUGCAUGGUAAUGCAAGCAGUCAUAGGAGGCCUGAAACUGGAGACCACAAAGGCCAAACUGUACAGAUAAACUGUGAAAUAGCCAAGGAGCUGUCUCCCAGAAGAAAAUCAGAGAAGGAGGGAAGAUAAAGAAGAAACAUAUUUCCGCAUUGUUCAUCUCUGUCUUGCUGGCUGAUCUCUGCGUGACCCCAAAGGGGCUGGGACAGUGUUGGUUACCUGCCUGAAACUACAGUGUGACCACAUACACAUUGCUUUCACUCUGUUUUCUACACUGAAGGUCUUUUUGUUUUCAUCCCCUUGUCCACCCAACCGCCAUCAUUCAAUUACCAGUUAUACCCUGUCCUCUUUUCCCCUCUCUCCCUCUCACUGUUUCCACCAUCAUGUCUAGGGUACCCCUCAGUGUAUGUUCUUACUUUUUUAUCACUGUAAAUCAGAUUUUGAAGUAGGGUGUUUAUGGAUGCUCAUUCAUGCUGUCAAAUGUACAUGUACUUCUGUUUUUCAUAAAGUUUGUUCAACUAUAUUAGCUCUGAUAUGAGUCAGGGUAAUGAUAUACUUAUUUAUUAGCAAGCUUAAAGAGCAAAUUUCCAUGAGAAGCAUAUUAAAUGUUAUGUGAAAAAGAGUAUAACAGAAGAAAAGUAAACAAAGAAAGUGCAGAAUUCAGGACUAAAAGCCUCAAAUCAAGGUGUUAUUUUCAUACAAGCCACUCUGCUUUGUGAUAAAUGCUGUACAUGACUGUUUGAAAUGCGUGAGUUAUCUGCACCAGUGACAGCACUGCAACAGCUGCACUUACACUGGUACUUCGGUAAAGGUUAAAUAAAGGUGGGCGUUGCAUUAUAAUGAUAAUGCAUUAAGGCAAUCAAGAAAUGCAUACAACUUUUAUCGCCUGUAUAGAAGACUUCAACUCUGCAUGUACAAAGUGACACUGGAAAUCACCAAUUAAAAAAAAAACCCAGACAAACCAAAAUUAGUGUUCUCUUUGUGGUUCUCACUUACCUGGGCUAUUUAUGAUGUUAUGAAGCCAAGCCACCAGCAUUUGUGGCCCGGUUCAAUAGUUCAAAAUUUUUCAUCUUGUUGUUUUUGUUUGUUUGUUUUUUAAACAGAGGUCUUAAGAAAAGGUCAAGAGAUCACUGGGCCAAGGAACUUGCCAUAAACUCUGGAAAUCUGGGCACUAGUACAGCUGCCUUUUAAUUUCCUGUGCUUGCACAAACAGCAGGUUCCCGCAGUGUCACACCACGUGGGAGCACGUAUCCUGGCGGGAGGCUCUCGAGGACAGCCACGGUCCCAGCAGCACGUCCUGCUGGCCAACCCUCCAGCUGAGCCUCUGGCAGCAUCUGCUGGGGGCUACCGUCCUGGGCUUGGAGAAACUUCAUCUGAACUUCUCAUCUUCUCCAAGGAGUUCAUCUCUACUCCCCAAAAGCCUGAAGUCUUUGAGAAAUUUGGUAAUCCCAGUGGUCUUUCCCCUUCAGUUUUAAGACGCAUCAUUUUUAAAAGCGACUACCUCCGAAGGACAUCGGAGUUGCAAAGCUAGGCACACAGAGGGUAGGAAAUGUAAACAGGAGAUGUGAUUGCAUAGAUAAAAUUGUACUGUGCUGGACAGCUGGACAUGUUCAGGAAGGGGCAUAUCAGUCUGCUCAGAAAACAUUUACAAAGCAUGGAUUUUAAAUAGACUUUAUUAAUACAGCACAAACAACUCAGCAUCUUAACAGAAAGAAAGCAAUAUAAGAUACAAGGG